AUGUCGGCAUACGACAAUGUUAUUGGUGGGAAGCUAAAGCUAAAAGGGAAAGCUUUAGAUGUGAAAGCAGGUGGACACGAUGAUGAUCCUUUAACGCCUGCAGAAAGACGGUACAUAGAGCAGAAGCAGAGGUUGGAUGUGCAGAAACUAGCUAAGGAAGCAAACAAGUCUCACCGUAACAGGAUUGAGGAUUUCAAUCAGUAUCUGGCUAACAUGAGUGAGCACUACGACAUCCCUAAAGUCGGACCCGGUUAA